UCGACCGUAAAUUUAUUAUAUAAUUUUUAUACAUUUUUCGUUAAGUAUAUUUUUUUUGCAAACCGCCAAAGUUUUCAAAAGUCAAACUUAAUUAAAAUAUCAUGAAAAAUCAAAAUUAUGAAGCACCAGACUCGGUAUCAGCGUUAGCAAUUACUUCAAAGGUAUACAAAUAUAAAUUAUUGACCAAUAUACUGGGCUUAAAGCCACCAUGUCCAGGUACAACGUUUCUGACCCGUGGUGAUUUUCAAUAUUUUCACUACGGCUGUGAUGGCUUCAACGACCAAGGUUGGGGUUGUGCAUAUCGCACUCUGCAGUCUAUGUGCACAUGGAUUUUAUAUAAACAAGAUAAAGUGGGCACAUUGCACGUGCCUGGUUUACGUGAGAUACAGGAAACACUUGUAAGAAUUGAAGAUAAACCAAAGGAUUUCAUAGGGUCUCGCGCUUGGAUUGGUGCUUUAGAAGUUUUUUAUGUUGUAAAUGAUUUAUAUGAUGUUUCUUGCAAAAUAUUACAUAUACCAAGUCGUGAUGAAUUUAAAAAUCAUAUGUGCGCGCUAAAAGAUUAUUUUGAAAACAUUGGCGGUUUUGUAAUGAUGGGUGGGGAUAUGGAUGCUGCUUCUAAAGGAAUAGCUGGUAUACAUAUCGCUAAAGAAGAUGUUUAUUUAUUAGUGAUUGAUCCACACUUUGUUGGCAUUCCGAUAUCGAUAAAAGAACUCGUUGAUUGUGGAUAUAUAUCAUGGAAAAAGACAACUGAAUUUGUUGAUAGUUCCUUUUAUAAUUUGUGUUUACCACAGUUAAAAUAAAAAAAGUGUUAAUAAAUAUUCAAGCA